GCAGCUUGCGAGUCGUCUCUUAUUUCCUUGUUCCUGCUCCUCCCAACUGAGCUCCAAGAUGGCAGCUGCGCAAGAGAGAUGAGCAACGACAUUAGAGUUCUGUCAUGAAACAGCAGCGGACUCAAUUUCGUCAUGGCCAUCACUCAAUUCCGUCUGUUUAAGAUCUGCACAUGCCUGGUCAGUUUGCUGUCUUUCUUUAAGAGAUUGAUAUGCAGGAGUGGAAGGGGCCGAAAGCUCAGUGGGGAUCAAAUAACUCUCCCGACCACAGUGGAUUUCUCAUCAUCCAUACCAAAACAGCCAGAUGUUGAAGAAUGGAGUUCUUGGGAUGAAGAUGCUCCAACAAGUAUUAAGAUUGAAGGUGGUAAUGGAAACGUUACCCCUCAACCCACUGAGAUUGAAGAGCCUGACUACUUCAAAGACAUGGCACCAACCAUCAGGAAAACACAGAAGAUAGUGUUAAAGAAAAGGGAGCCAUUGAACUACCUGGUGCCUGAUGGGUCAGCAGGUUUCUCCAGCAGACUGGCAGUCUCUCAGGAUAUGAUGACUUUUUGUCCACCUUCAGCAGAGCUUGGCGAAAUGGACACUUGGCAGGGGGACACCAAUGCUUGGGAGGAGGAGUCUGACGCCACCUGGGAAGCAGAGGAGGUGCUCAGACAACAGAAAUUAGCUGACAGAGAAAAGCGGUCCAUGGAGCAACAGAGGAAGAAGAUGGAAAAAGAGGCUCAGAGGAUGAUGAAGAAAGAGCAGAAGAUGGCGGUUAAGCUUUCGUAACAUUUGCCAGUGCUCAGUUUUGAGCCAGAGGAUCUCAAGGGAAAGACACUGAAUCAGUUGUGAGUUUGUUUAAAAUCAUCAAACCAUCCAAAGUUCUGCAAAGUGCUGCACUACUACAUUUUCAGUCAUCUGUUCUUGUCUCGCCGCUUUUCUCGUCCAUCUUUGAGUUACAACAAUUAAUCCUUGGGCUUGCUCACAAACUGCAUUUUCUACCAUGUUUGUGAGUCAUUUGCUCUUAAAGAAUUUCAAUAUCUAUCCCCUGUCUAUUAGGUGUAUGUGCUAGUAAGCACAUGUCCUGGUCAAGGUGUGUAAAUAAACUCAAAUCUGUAUUGUACAACUUUUUCAUAUAUGGUGUACAAUUUAUUUUCUUUAUCUUAUUUUUAACCACACUGGUUAAAAAAGAGGUGUAAUUAUUUUUAAGAAUCGCUGUUUAUCUGUGUCAUUGGUCUGCUUAAUAAUUGUUUUUGGUUUUAUGUUUCAUUGCUUAAAAGGUUUAAUUCCCCAAUGAUUUUUUGCACUGUACCAUUGCAAAAUUAGUAAUUAAAGACAAUAGCAUACGCUGUCUUGUAA